GCUAAGCUCCACCAUAGAAUAGGUUCAAGGCUUGUUCAUAGGGCAGUCGCCUUGUAUACGAAGAUGCCAUGGUAAAGUGCUUGGAAAGAGCUCCGUACCGGAUCUAUCCCUUCGUCCGCAUCCGCCGCCGGCCAUGGAAUCUCCGACGGACGAUCGGAAAUGUCACUGUGCAGUUACUGCAUUGGGUAGGUUGCGAGCGGCUUUCAGCUGCUUUACUUCUUCCUUUUGAUGCAUCUGGGUACAUGUUCCCUGAUCCACUGAAUGGCGUCCCGGGAUUUGAAAGUAAGAACCAAGGAACACUUUCCCGGCAGUAGUAGUAGUAACCGAAGACUAGGUAGUUAGUAGCUAGCUACUUAUUUGUAGAUCUGCA